GCAGCUGGUCAUGUGCAUGAGAUGUGAUGGUACCCAGUUCAGCCUCUUGAUACUGGGUUUUAUACCUUCUGAGUAUGUUCGCAAAGAACCCGUUCUCCAUAUUUGCUAAACUCUUCAAGAUCCUAAAGAUCCGUGAGAGAAAAGAAACACUGUAGUUAUCAGCAUUCAAAAGGCAUGACACAGGCUUAAAUAUAUGCAAAGCCUUGGAGAGACUGAAGAAAUUUACUGACUAUAUUGCAGAAAGCUUCUGACAGGUGCAUCGCAUCUUUGAAAGAGAUCGGAAAGCAAAUUGUAGGUGAUUAUUUGAAACUAAUGUAUUUUAGACAUUUGAAAUCUGAGAUGCGCUAGAGUUUAGAGACCUUCGUUUGAUUGAGACUGUUCGCUAUCGCUACAAUCUGUGAAGGAGAGUAGUGUAAGUUCUGACACUGCUCUUUAUCCACCAGUGAAGCCUUCCCCUUCAAUUCUACAUUUCUGCAUCCUCCUCACAAGUGAGAAUUCAUCAGAUUGAAUAAUGAGGAGCCUUGCAUCUUUAAUGGCAAAUAUGACUGGGAACGGCUUGUAAGGUAUGGUGUGAAUAUGCGUUGCUUGGCAGCUCGGGUCAACUAUAAGACUUUGAUCAUCAUCUGCGCUGUCUUCACUCUGGUCACAGUCCUGCUGUGGAAUAGAUGCUCCAGUGAUAAAACGACUCAGUUUCCCCGAAAUGUGAACAAUGGCUUCCGAGUAGACGGUUUGGAAAAACGAACAGCUGCAUCUGAAAGUAACAACUAUGUAAACAACCUAGCCAAACAGCAGAGCGAAGAGGCGUCCCCCCAAGAACAACAGAAAGCACCCCCUGUGGUUGGAGGGUUCAAUAGCAAUGGAAACAAAGUUUUGGGACUUAAAUAUGAAGAAAUUGACUGUCUGAUCAAUGAUGAGCAUACAAUUAAAGGGAGGAGAGAGGGCAAUGAGGUCUUUCUGCCCUUCAGUUGGGUGGAGAAGUACUUUGAGGUUUAUGGGAAAAUUGCUCAGUAUGAUGGCUAUGACAGAUUUGAGUUCUCUCAUAGCUACUCCAAAGUAUAUGCACAGAGAGCACCUUACCAUCCCGAUGGAGUCUUCAUGUCCUUUGAGGGCUACAAUGUAGAAGUUCGCGACAGAGUGAAGUGCAUAAGUGGUGUUGAAGGUGUGCCAUUGUCCACACAGUGGGGACCUCAAGGCUAUUUCUACCCAAUCCAGAUUGCACAAUAUGGGCUAAGUCAUUAUAGUAAAAAUCUGACUGAGAAACCACCUCACAUAGAGGUGUAUGAAACAGCUGAAGACAAGGACAAAAGCAGCAGACCUGUUGAUUGGACUGUACCAAAAGGCUGUUCUGUUUCGACAGUAACUGAUAAAUCCAGGUUCACUAAUGUUAAACAGUUUGUCGCUCCAGACAAUACUGAGGGGGCGUCACUGCAGCUUGGGAACUCAAGAGAUUUUAUUAUUUCUUUUGACCUCAAAUUCAUCACAAACGGGAGCAUAUCUGUGGUUCUAGAAACAACUGAGAAGAACCAGCUCUUCACCAUACACUACGUCUCAAACACUCAGCUGAUUGCUUUUAAAGACCGAGAUAUUUACUAUGGCCUUGGACCUAGGACCAGUUGGAGCACAGUCACCAGAGAUCUGGUAACUGACUUGAGGAAAGGAGUUGGUCUCUCCCACACGAAAGCUGUGAAGCAGACAAAAAUAAUGCCUAAGAAAGUGAUUCGGUUGAUCACGAAGGGAAGAGGCUUCAUUGACAACGUCACUAUAUCGACAACUGCCCACAUGGCGGCUUUUUUUGCUGCGAGUGAUUGGCUAGUGAGGAACCAGGAUGAGAGAGGUGGCUGGCCAAUUAUGGUGACACGAAAGUUAGGGGAAGGGUUUAAAUCUUUAGAGCCUGGCUGGUACUCUGCCAUGGCGCAAGGGCAAGCCAUUUCAACGUUAGUCAGGGCUUAUCUCUUAACAAAAGACCACACAUUCCUCAGCUCAGCUUUACAGGCAACAGCACCUUACAGGCUCCUGUCAGAGCAGCAUGGAGUGAAAGCUGUCUUUAUGAACAAACAUGACUGGUAUGAAGAGUACCCAACCUCCCCUAGCUCAUUUGUUUUGAACGGUUUCAUGUACUCUCUGAUUGGACUGUAUGACUUAAAAGAAACUGCAGGUGAGAAGCUGGGGAAUGAGGCAAAGUCUCUCUACGAUCGAGGAAUGGAGUCCCUCAAAGCCAUGCUGCCACUUUAUGAUACUGGCUCAGGAACGAUCUACGACCUUCGUCAUUUCAUGCUAGGCUCUGCUCCCAACUUGGCCCGCUGGGACUAUCACACCACCCACAUAAACCAACUCCAGCUAUUAAGCACGAUUGAUGAGUCCCCAAUUUUCAAAGAAUUCGUCAAGCGAUGGAAGAGCUACCUUAAAGGUGGCAGGGCAAAGCACAACUAGAGCUCACAACCAAAACCCUGUUUCAGCUGUCUGCUGUUGACAGGAAUUAUUGGACUCCUUAAAGCUAAACAAAGGUACAUUUUAAAAGGUUGCAUACUAAGUUUUUUGUGAACUAUUUCAAAGUGGUCCUCAAAACUGAUCUUCAGAAAGUAAUUGCAUUCCAGCGUGAGAAUACUUCUGUCUGGGAAGUGGAGUUCGAAGCAGGGGUCCAGUCAAAGGACUGAAUAAAAGCUGGUACUUUAUAUUGUUUACCUGCCAUAGUGUUCCAUAGCGAAAUUAUUCACACUGAACAAAAUCCAUUUGUACUCCUGAUUUGGGUGGGGGUGGGGGUUAUUUUUUCCUUUCUGUAGGAAAGAUAAUUUACAGAAGCCAUAUAGGUGUCUCAAGUCCAGCACUUGCCUGAAAAGUUAGUAUGUAGCCUCUUUUAAAAUGGAAUUAUCUGUAUAUAUGUUGGAAACAGAAUUACAGAUCAUGUGAUGUAAUGCAGUAAAUGUGUAUUUACUUGUAACCUGGGUAGUCGACAGUGUAUCUCUUUAAAAGUGUUUCUCUAAUACAAAUUUUUUUCUUGGGUGGGAAAAAUACACAAAAUUUGUUUUAAAUUCUGUAUAUCGAGAAAUAUGUUGAACAUAAGGUUUCUUUAAAGAUGUGUAAAUGGAAAACACACACAGCCAGCGUUCAGGCUUGUUAAGUUAUGUAAGCACAACUCAAAGUGGGAUUAGUGGACUGCACAAAAACUGCAAGCAUAACAUUGAAAUUUGAAUUUACAAUCAUAUUUGAGGCUUGCUAAUCAACAUUCCCCCCCCAUGUAGUUGGAAUCUCUUGUUGUGGAAUCUGAUGUUUUGUACUGUAUUUUCACCCACCCUUGAGAGGUUUCUGUAUCAAUAUGAUUUUUUUCUAGUGAUUUAAUUUCUAAACUGAUUUUUAAAAAGUGGAUCAAGCAUUUUAAAUGUUAAAAUUAAGGUCUAGGUCUCUACACUUAGUUAUACCCACAAUAUUGGCUUACUUUUUUGUAUUCUCAGUUGCUGUGACAAGUGAGGAAGAGUACUUGUGCAAUAACUGCAUGUGUUGAACCCGUGCAUUCAGUGACAUACAUGAUUGUUCAGAAUUAACCUGAAAUGUUCUUUUUAUAUCUAUAGUCUUUUCACUAGCCAUUAGUCUUUCAUUUCAACGUGUAGGGCCCUAUCAGAUUCACAGCCGUGAAAAAUGCAUCGUGGCCCGUGAAAUCUGAUCUCCCCCAUGAAAUAUGGCUAUUGUAGGGGAAGGGCAGGGCUGGGGCACCCCAACUGGAGCCUCCUACCAUGGUCCCAGCCCAGGGUGCGGGGGGACAGGACUUCCUCUUCCCCUGCAGGGGCCGCUCUCAAUCUUGGGUCAGACCCACCUCUGGGAUCCUUCCCCUCCUGCAGGAAGUGCUGCAGCUGCUGGCUGUGACAGUCCCCUGACCCAAGCAGAGAGGCUGUGGCCCCAGCUGUCAGCGCCCCCAAUCCUGGUGGCGAGUUUGCUGGAAAAACCUGGAUAUAUGUUAACCCACCUCCCCAUACCUUGCAACCUUUGCUUCUGCACUGCUGGUGGCAGUGGUGCUGGCUUUAGAGCUUGGCAUCCAGCAAGCAGCAGCGCAGAAGUAAGGGUGGCAAUCCUGCUGCCCUCUUUUGGGUCAGGACCCCCACACUUACAACUCUGUAAAAUUUCAGAUGUAAUCGUAUGAAAAUGUGAAAUUGACUAUUUUUAAAAUCCUAUGACUGUCAAAUUGACUAAAAUGAUCUGUGAAUUUGGUAGGCCUCUAAACGUGUUUUGCCUGCUUGUAGUUCGGAGAGAGUAAACAAACCAACUCACGUCAUUGGACCAAUAGUGUUUUUUAUGGUAGUGCAUCACUAAUAUCUGCUAAUAUUUUGGUCAGUACAGAUUAUGAAUCCCAAACCUUUAAGUUAUAGGCACAUUGCAGCAUGGUAAAGUACGUGUGCUAGCUAACAGAUUUUUUUUUCUGUUGGUCCUGUUGUAUGUUCCUAAUGUUUGUAUGGUUUAAAAAAAAUACCAAGGAGAGUUUGAGUGGGGAGCGAUGCUUGUAUUGGGGACAAAAUAAAUUCAGACCACUGAAGGAGAGAUGUGGCAGAUCACAGUAAGACUUUAAAAGCCUUUUCUAUUUUGCUCACCAAUGUACAAAACAGGUUUGUAGUUCUUUUGAUCUUUGCAAAUACAUAACAUGAUCGUAUUGAUUCCAACAAAAAGUAGAUGUCACAGCAGAACUAUUUUGAACCCUAAAAUCUUUAUCAUUACCAAAGUGUUCAGAGAGGAGAUUUUCCUCAAAUUACAAAAAAGAAAAAA